GUGUCUUAUUACAGUCACUGUCACGUCUUAUCCCAGCAGCUGGGUGGAGUAAAAGUCGGGUCAGCUCGUACUAGUGUGUGUAAUGAAUAGGAUUUCUCAGACAGCUCAAGUUUUGAAUGAACUUGUGGAGAGCAGGCCAGUCCGUUGGAAUGAAUGUCUAGAGUCCUCUCAGUUCUUCUGGUCCUACAACUGAAUAGUAUUUGCACUUCCACAUGGACUGAAAGUGAUUAUUGAUUAUUUUUUAAUUGAUAGCCUACUUCUAUAAUUUCAUUUUUAAUUCACAUAUUCGGAGCAGUUGGGGUUUUUAAAAACAUUUUAAGUCCGUUACUGCGCUGGGGGAAUACUUUCUUAUAUUUUUAGGUUUUGCUCGUUUUUAUUGAAGCAGAAGAUGGGAGAAGAUACUCGGGCAUCGCAGGACAGUAACGCGCAGAGUUCAUUGGACAACGGGCCACAUUUGGGAGCUGGGGGUCCAGAUGCCGCGGCGCAAAUUGAAUGCUGCAGCAUCCCAAACGGGGACAGCGGCUCUGCCGCGAACACGCGUUUAUACAAGAAGCGCUGGAUGAUCGUGUUCCUGUUCAGCGCGUAUUCCCUGAGCAACGCGUACCAAUGGAUCCAGUACGGGAUCAUCAACAACGUAAUGAUGAAGUUCUACAACGUGGAAGCUUUCUCUAUUGACUGGCUGUCCAUGAUCUACAUGCUCACCUACAUCCCAUUCAUCUUCCCGGUCACCUGGCUCCUGGAUAAGAAAGGGCUGCGGGUCACAGCGCUGCUGGCCAACGCGCUCAACUGCGCCGGGACAUGGAUCAAGGUGGCCAGUGCCAAUCCCAACUUGUUCGGGGUGACCAUGCUCGGACAGCUCGCCAGUUCCCUUGCCCAGGUGUUCAUCCUCGGGAUGCCCUCCCGCCUGGCGUCGGUCUGGUUCGGCGCGGAUGAGGUUUCCACCGCCUGCUCCAUUGGAGUUUUUGGGAAUCAGAUGGGUAUCGCCAUUGGGUUCCUGCUCCCACCCAUCCUUGUGCCUAAUGUGGAUGAUAUCAAUGAGUUGGCAAACCACAUCAGAAUCAUGUUCUACAUCAGCGCAGGAGUUGCCACCCUCAUCUUCAUCCUUGUGGUCAUUGUGUUUCAGGAGAAACCGGAGAUCCCUCCCACCCUGGCCCAGGCUCAAGCCAGGAACAUCCCCCCGAGCGAGUACUCGUACACAGCUUCUGUCUUGAGGCUGCUGCGCAACAAGCCCUUUAUGCUCCUGGUGGUCACCUACGGGCUGAACGUCGGCUGCUUCUAUGCUAUUUCCACACUGUUGAAUCAGAUGAUCAUCGAGCAAUAUCCUGGUGAAGAAGUGAAUGCUGGGAGAAUUGGUCUGACUAUUGUUGUUGCUGGCAUGGCGGGGUCCAUCAUAUGUGGCAUUUGGCUGGACAAGACCAAAACAUACAAACAAACCACCUUGGCCGUAUAUCUCCUCUCUCUGAUUGGGAUGCUGGUUUACACCUUCACCCUCAACCUGGGUCACCUGUGGGUGGUGUUUGUCACAGCUGGAGUUUUAGGCUUCUUCAUGACAGGAUAUCUACCUCUGGGCUUUGAGUUUGCAGUAGAGCUUACCUAUCCAGAAUCAGAGGGAACCUCUUCUGGACUGCUUAACUGUUCAGCUCAGAUCUUUGGAAUCAUUUUCACCAUCUCCCAAGGGAAGAUUAUUGAGAGAUGGGGCACUUUAGCAGGAAACAUCUUCCUGAGUAGCUUCCUCCUAAUAGGAACAGUACUGACAGGAUUCAUCAAGUCCAACCUCCGACGCCAGAAGGCCAAUCUACAACAGUCUGAGGCGCAGGCAGUGAGUCCUACAGGCUCUGUGUCAUCCAAGCAGGACUACGGGGCCACAACGUGCAGCGGCCCCUGGCAACGGCAGUCUUCACAUAAAACCACAACCUCACUAAAAUCAAAACACACACCUGCCAAGAAAGCGAAAGCUGAUCUAGAAGGAGUCGUCUCUCAGCCUGAAGUCUUGAAAGAAAGGAGGUUCUAAGGAGGAUUAACUACCGUGUACUGAUUAAAACUGAAAUACUGACACUGUCGAACAUAAACAUGCACAGACGGCCACAUAGAAGAA